AUGGGUGAUACCAAAAUAAACGAAGAAAAUUUCGCAUUAACCGAUACAGUAUAUGAAGAAAAAGUGAAUCGUGAAUAUAAUGGAAAAAGCACAGAUAUUGAACAUUCAACAUAUACGACAAUGACCAAUGAAAAGACGAUCCGAAAUAAAAUUACUUCUGUACAAAAUCACGAUUUCAUGCAAAAUAAUGAUUACAAGAAAUCUGAACUGUCUUGCAAAAUGUCGUCUUCGUCAAUAUUCUUUAAAAUACACGGAAGAAAAAGUAGAGACAAUUUUGCAAAUAUCCUACUUAAAAUACAAAGCGAUCUAUCGACUCUAAAUAAUAAAUUAUCAGAUUUGGAAAACAGAAUUCAAGUU